ACUUACUCAACUCUUGACUCCACAAUCGGAAAUGCUGUUGCGGACAAAGCUGUUGCAAUACCUCCACUGUUCAUCAAUAGAAUGUGUGCUACUAUGACAGCCCACAUCUAUGCCCGCCAUAGCACCCGAACUCAAAAAGCGAUCGGUGAAGGAAUUUUGAUCGCCGGCACGAGCCGAGCAGAUCGUAAAGUCUGGGGCUUGGCGAGCAAUCUCUGGAAGAGAAUGGUUGCGCUUGGUGCAAUUGCAUCUCCGGGUGGGGGUAAGCAGCAGCAGAAGCCUGAUUCAGCGGUGUGCGAAAUUUUCCAAAAAGCCGUUGCUCGGAGGCGUUCGCAGUGUACAAAAAAGCGCAAAAAACAAGUGGCCGAACGAAGCACCGCUAUUAUUAUGCCACUUUUUGCCGUUCGUUUUUUGUAA